CACACCAGCAAGAUUUUUGCCACCCAUGGGAGGAGCGAAUUAAACAUUUGUGUUUUAUUAUUUAGGAGAAAAAAUGAUUGAAACGUGGCAUUCGUGUAAUCUAAUAUGCCACAUGUAGUUUAAAGAAAUCUACAUGGAGUAUAUGAAACAUAGACAGUGAUCUGGUUAUUAUAAGAAUGGUGUAAAGUGGAAUCGUAAGAGAAAAGUGUUCAAUAUGUACAUGAAAUAUGUAUUUGUUUUGUCCCUCUACCUCAUGCUCGACAAUGCGUCGUCUAUGCACAUAAAGGGUGAAUUUUCUACAGAUGAGUUCUUCAAAUUCGUAGUCAAAUUUGGCUUUCAGAAAACUGACAUCCAUUAUCAAAAAGAAACAUAUGGAUUCAUAUUUGGCAAUAUCACAUCAAAAGAGCGUUUUAUGUAUCCUAUCACAUUUGCUGUAUUGAACAGGCAUCAUUUUAUUCAUUAUUAUAAAAAUCGGGAUAUAGAGAACAAGGAGCUGGCAUGUCAAGUCAUGUUCCAGAACUUGAAUACAUCUGCCUACCACCCUAAGUGUAAUGCCGGAGGACAGGAUUUUUUUCGGCGCAUCCCUUGCGCAAAAAACGAAGUUUGUGUUGAUGAAGACUCCCUUUGGAAUGUUGUAAAGAAAAGUCAAUUUACUUACGACAUUGAGAACCCAGGCCAACCAAGAUUCUGGUAUGUGUCCAUGGUAUCCUGCUAUCUCAACGAGACAACAUGCACAUGGCAUCAUUACAAAGGAGCGCCAUCAAAAGAUAAUAAAACCAUGACAAAUGUCCCACAAAAAGUCCAAUAUGACUUUUGGCUGGUUAAUGGGAAUCCUAAUCAAAGUCUGUACAAUAGCCUGAUGUACCAAUUUUCGUUUGAUCAUCAAAACACCCUGGAGUUGUACUUGGUGUUUCUGCUUUGCUAUAUUGUCCUUGUGCCAGUGCAGAUUUAUGCUGUCAGGACACAGAAACAUCCAGUUACAAAGUUAUUUACCUGCAGUCUCAUACUGGAGUUUGGUGCUGUUUGCUUCAAUUUCCUGCACACAGUGAAGUUUGCCGCAGAUGGCGUAGGAUUUACUGGACUCGAUGUUGCUGGGGAUAUACUGGAUAUUAUGAGCCGGACCCUCUUUAUGCUGCUACUACUGUUAUUGGCAAAAGGCUGGGCAGUGACCAGAUUGGAGCUUACAUACAAGCCGUUGGUUUUUGGCGUGUGGCUAGCAUAUGGCAUCGUACAUAUACUGCUGUAUGUGUGGAAUACAACGGAAGUAGACAUAAUAGAGGAAAUAGACGAAUACCAAACGUGGCCGGGCUGGCUGAUCCUCACCCUGCGCGUGGCCAUCAUGUCGUGGUUCGUGCUGGAGCUGCGCAACACGAUGAUGUACGAGCACAACAUGGCCAAGCUCAACUUCCUCCUGCACUUCGGCGCCUCGAGCCUAGUGUGGUUCGUGUAUCUGCCCGUCAUCGCUUUGAUAGCACUGCAGAUUAGCCCCUUGUGGAGGUUUAAGUUUUUACUCGGUAUAACAUAUUCGGCGGACUGCCUGGCGUUCUGCGUGAUGACACAUUUGCUGUGGCCCACUCGAUCGGAACAGUACUUGCUGCUGGCUCCCUCUGAUUACACAGCUGGCAUCGAGGAACUAGAUGAGUUCAACGAGUCGCCGCACGUGGUGCACGGCGACACGGUGGCGCUCACGGCCGACAGCGUCAACCUCGACGACGAGGACGUGAUAUUCACACGCUCGCACAAGAACACCGUCUACUCAUAGCGGGACUAGACAACUGGAUAAACUUCGAGAAAC